AUGAGCGUCGUCAAUAAUGAUGAUAUAUUCCCUCCUCUCACUCCAGAUUAUAUUCUCGCUUUUCAGUUCUCCAAUUGGUACCCAUCUUUCAUUCGCGCGUCUCCUAAAUCAACCAUCAUCAGACCGCUGGGAAAGGACUUCAAGCAUUACUUAGAAUCUGAUAGCAUAUUCGUCCCGGACGGUUCUGAAGAUGUGGUGGUUGAAAGCACGAUUUCUGAUGACGACGACGACGACAAAUACGAGGACACAGCGAUCGCUGGGGGACAUUUUUCCUUCCCAGAAUUGGACGAACGAAUAAGGACGCUUCGUGGGUGCUGCCGGCGUCUUCUGCGCUCAAAUGUACAUUCCCCAGUGGACGUAUACCUUCUUCUGAAAUCGUCUGAUUUCAUUGCGCACGACCUCAGUAUCGAAAGCGUAUUCGACGGCUGCAAGAUCGAUGAUCUGCCGGACUACGAACUAGAACUUGUACUUCGAAAAUGGUACCCAGUGGACCAUAGUCGCAUAUCGCAACGAGACACAAACUUCUACGAUUUCAUGAUCAACCCCGAAGUUCAAACCACAAUCAAGACAACAGUUUACAACCUCUGGCAGGAAAUCUUCCGACCCAAUUGGACCUUCUCACGGAAGGAUUAUAUUUUUGAUUUCCUAUUAACACGUGAUCUUUCAAGCGGACACAUCAUCGACUUCAAUCCCUAUGCUCCACGCACAGAUCCGCUGUUAUUCACGUACGAGGAGCUUCACGAGGUGCUGUCCAGGGAAAACCAAGGUGCCUCUGCAAGCCGGACAUUCCUCCCAGAUCUCCGUGUGAUCGAUUCAUCACUUCACCCUGCCGCAACACGCAAUAUGCCAGCAUAUCAGCACAACAGGAUGCCAAUCGAAGCAUUGACACUGAGUGAAGACCGAAAUAUAGUGGAGUUUGGCGAGAUAUGGCAGGAGGAAGUGAUACGGGCUAUGCGCGAGAAGGACGAUUAGUAGACUAUGGAGACGAAUCCAUCCCCUCUCUUUGUGCGUUCUCGUAAAGUUGGCGUCUGCACGGGCAGGAAACCCAGCUCUCCCAAUCUUUGAACAAACCAUCAGGAAAAUAACACUUUACUAUUUUUGACUUUUUGUGACUAAUGUGACUUUUUGGGAAGGAAUCUACUAUCAUUACCCAUG